AUGUCUACACGUCUCACAGCAACUUGCAUCGAUACUCAGCAUGCCUCUGGCCAAAAUGUGGUCCACUUUCGACAGACUCCUGCCGUUUUUCUGGCAACCACCGACUUUCAAGCGACGCUGGGGAGCCCCCGCACCAUGCAAUGGCAAAACCAGCACUCUUACGAGCCCUUUGAUCGUGCCAAAGACCUGUAUGCUAUGUCUCUGACACCACCUGUUCGCGACAAGCCUUCUCCUCGCCUGUCCCCACCAAACGGCCACACGCAGGUUCCUUACCCACCUAGUGCCUGUUUGCUCCGACCUGACUGGCCUCUGUCAUGGGAAUGGGGAAUGCACAAGAAGAAUUAG